AUGGCUUCAUCACCUUCAAGGCGGUCCAUUUUAACGUUAUACAAAAAUCUUAUAAGAGAAUCAGAGAAGUUCCCGAAUUACAACUUCAGGGCGUAUGCGUUGCGAAAAGUGCGAGACAGUUUCAGAACAAAUCAAAAGCUCACAGAUAAAAAAGAAAGGAUCACUCAGUAUAAUUUAGGAGUGGAUAACUUGGACGUCAUAAGGCGACAGAUAAUCGUUGGGAACUUGUACAAAUCUGAAAAGCUAGUUAUCGAGAACUUAAGGAAAAACUAA